CCGGUAAUUAUGAUAUACAUACCGGAUGUUGAAUAUGGCGUUCAAGAUAGAAUAUCAGUGCUUAAUAUUUAAUGCGUCAAACAUUUUUCCGACAUGAAAUACGCGCACACCUACAGUGUAACUGUGUAAGGGUGCUGUAAACAGUAAUUAUCUUAUGCGAAGGUGACAAAAUGAAAUGCACUGGAAUAAACAUCACCGCACGGUCUGCAUGGGGCGCUCCCAGUAUGAACGUUAGUAUACCGUACUUGAUCCAUCCAGUGCGGUAUAUCGUGUACACGCAUACCUACGGAGAAGCCUGCAACGAUUUCCGAAUGUGUCGCAUGGUGGUAAGCGCUAUCCGCGAUUUCCACAUGGAUACUUCGUCAUGGACAGCACAGACGGUUGCCAACUUUGUACCCGAAAUUUUCUACAAUUUUCUGAUUGGAAUGGACGGUAGUAUAUUCGAAGGACGAGGCUGGGACCGCAGGGCACAAUUCCAUCGUGAUUACGAUCAGAAUGCUCUAGUGAUCGCUUUCAUCGAAAACAUUUCGCUGUAUGGCGAAGGGUACAAAAAAUUGACGUAUGCCGCUGCUUUAGCGGCCAACGGACUGCUCAACUGCGCCAUAUCUUCUGGCUAUUUGGAUCCGGCAAACUAUAACGUCAUAAUUAAUAUGCACCAGAUGACUGAGAGCUACAUUCUCAACCCGCAAACCAUGCAGCCGUUAAACGACACAAACAGUUUGCUCCCAGUCACAGAAGAGCCCGGGUUUUCUGACGGUGUGGUGGCGGGAAUUGUUUUUGGCGUGGUUCUGAUAAUCAUGCUCUUUCUUGUACUUCUGUCGCUGUUGUGGCAGUAUCUGCAAACGGAAAGGAUGAAGACUCUUUGCGAUUACGAAGAAUCAAGGCAUCGAAGGAAAAGCAAGUUCUCCCGGGUGACAUUGAAGAUGAUCUCCUUGCUUUCGGUCGUCAGCCGCGAGAGUGUGUCGGGAUAACUGCAGUACAUCUUCGAAACCAGCAUAUUUGCUGCAAUGAUAGUUCGCCGUGCAUUGUUUCAGUAGAUGAUAUUCGCCGCAUUAUAUCCCGCAUACGUAUACUAGUAUUAAUUUUUAUCGGAUCGGGCAGCAAAGAUCGGCAACGAUUAGAAGUACUUAAAACAAUCAGUUCGAUACAAGGCAGCAUGAAGACCCAAACAAGU